CCUAUACGUCAGCUCGAGCGGCGUGCAAUUUUUUGAAAUUCCUUUGGAAAGGAUGUCCAGGUCCUCGCGGAGCCGCUUCUUCGAUUCGUCCACGAUUUCGAACCCCAGUUGCCCGACGUUCGCUCGGGUAACGGCUCGUUUCCCAGCCACUCAAAAGGAUAGAGUUUUGGGUUUGCUAUAUAAUUCCAAACAAUUGCCUUUAAACCCCACUCUCCUUUCCUCUCUCACUUCCUGGACCUCCUUCUUAUACCCCGUCUCUAGUCCUUGCGUGCAGUCCAAACAUGACCGUCACCAAAGUUCUUCCAGAAUGCUGGGGUCACCGAGGAGCUUCAGCAGUUUUUCCAGAGAACACCCUAGCCAGCUUUGAAGCUGCUAUCAAUGACGGGGCAGACGGCAUCGAGAGCGACGUUCAUGUAUCGUUGGACGGUGUCGUCGUAAUGUUCCAUGAUCCGAACCUUGAGAGGACCACCGGAUCAAAAGGCUUAAUUAGGGAACGGCAUUGGUACGGCAAAGACGGAAUGGAACACCUCCUAACUGUCAAACAACCUCAACAAUGCAUCCCCACUUUCGCGCAGACUAUCGCUCUUCUGAUGAAACCUGAGAACCAGCAUGUCAAGUUUAACGUUGACGUCAAGGUUCAGAAUGAUCCUGACCGCCUCUUCUCGCUCAUGCACGAUGUUAUUUCGGCACAGCCUAAUUGGCAAACGAAGUUGGCUCCCCGUAUUCUGCUGGGCCUUUGGCAUCCGCGUUUCGUAGCUUUUGCGAACGCGAGAUUACCAUAUUGCAGGCGCUCGCACAUUGGUACAAGCCUUUCAAUUGCGCGGAAAUAUUUCUGGGAUGGCGUUGAGGUGUUUUCAAUGUCGUUCGCCUCUUUGACCACAUAUGAUGGCCAGAAGUUCCGAAAUGAGUGCAAAGCUGCGGGCAAGAAGAUUAUGGUGUGGACAGUAAACAAGCCGGAGCACAUGAUGGAGGCUGUACGAUGGAAUAUUGAUGUCAUUCUUACGGACGUGACGAAGAAGUGGCUCGCACUGCGUGCCGCUCUUCAAGUCGAUUACGACUCUAUCCUAUCGCAGUACAGCCGAUGGUUCCUCUGGACGACCUGGAAGUUUUAUUUGCCUCCUAUCUUCGAGAAUAGAUCCGCAAGAAUGUACCUCGAAGGUGCUGCAGGUCCCUUUGACGAUUUUGCACCACCCGAGGUGUCGGUGACUGCAGUGGCGUGAAGGAUUCUCGAAGAUUGGUCGCAUAAUCAUUACCCUUUAUCAUUUCCUGGAUAUCCCCGUUUGAUGGUCCUUAAUAUUUUGGCUACACGUUUAUUACUGAUUACUUAGGUUGGAGGGUAUAGAAGUAGAUAUCUUCUAUUGUUCCCUAUUGCCAGACUAUAUUCAUUACUUUGAGUGAGGGCUGAGCUGCGCCUGCAGGAACCUUGUUUACCAGACUGCCAGUCUAAAAAUUAGUUUGGCACGACUAGAAAAUCACAAUGUCUUGUGUUUGAGUAAGCAUCGGGCCCUUGUUCUGCUGUAGAGAUAUGCACUCUUCGACGUGAUCCUUUAGCCGGGUG